AGCUGGCUAGUCCCAUAGUAGGCUUUUGACAUAUCUAUCCAGUAGUACCCAGUAAAAGCUGUGGCGGUUCCUACUCAAACCAUAUUUGAAUUAUUUCUUAUCCCUGAAGCUUCUGAAAGUGCAGAUAUUCGUCUCAUUAAUUUAAUCCGAAAUAGCUUGAUUUCAAAAUUGAGAUACCGUUUAAAACUGCAGAUCUUAAAUUAUUUACUUUCAAUGGAAAUUUGAUGAGGUAUUUGAUUGCUGAAGUUGAUGUGUUGGUGUUUAUUCCUUUUGAUAAUAUAUGUGGAAAUUCAAUUACGUUGCUAAUGUAAAUUGAGAGGAAGCAUGUUGGAAUUCUCAUGGGGUAAAAUUGCGAAGUUAAAUGAAGCUGACAUAGAUAUUGACAAUGCAGACUAUUAUUGCCAAUUGUUUCUAGAUGCUAAUGUUGAGGACUGGAAUGAUAGUGAUCGACUUAGACAUGUUUUUCAAAUUACUCAAGUGUUGCUCAACCUAAAAUGGGACCAAUGGAAGUUAGCAGAAACAAGCUUGUCGGACAAAACCUCGGAAAUAAAUAGUCUGAAAGAUCAAAUAAGGGAAUUAGAACAUGAAAACAAAGACUUGCAAAAAGCAAUUUCUGCUUCUGGUCUCGAUAGAGGAAGCAUUGGUGAGACGAGGAGACUUGAGUUUAAAGUCGUCAAACUGCAAUCUGAACUAGAAUCUUUAAGGAUAGCCAAAGAUGCUUCUUUUAAGGAAAAGGAAGAACUUUUAAAUGAAAAAGGUGAUCUGGAAAGAAAAGUGGAACUGGUUUCAAGAGAAAAUAAAGAACUUCAAGAGCGUUGUGAGUACCUACAUUUACAACUUCAAGAUCGACCCAGCUUUUUCGGCAGAAGUAAUGAAGAGGCUAAUUACAGGAAAGAAAUUUCCUCCUUACGUGCAAAAAUUAGGGUACAGAAAGCUGAAAUAGAUGGAUUAGAAGAUGAAAAACAGAAUCUGUGGAAUGAUGUCAAUCGAUUGGAGAGCAAUCUCCGGCAAGCUAGCAUGGAAAUCGAUCGCGCAACAGAUGACUAUGUGAAGAUGAAAGAAGCUUUAACAGAAGCUGACAAGAGUCAUGCAGAAAAGUCGGCCGAAUGCAGUAUGUUGCGUGCCCAGUUGGCCAAUCUCUCCGAAAAGAUUGGUCAUCCUGAAGAAACGAAUAAUCUUAUCAUGAGUGUUGUUGAGCAGAAGAUUGAGGAAUGGAAAGAGAUACUGGCAGACAAAGACAUGGAAAUAGUUAAACUUAAUGAACGGAUUAAAGAGUUUUCUCAGGAAUUGCGAGAUCUGAAAGCCGAUUCAGAUAAGACCAGUGUGCAAGCCCUAAUGAAUUCUAUAAAAGAUCGUGAUGUUCAGAUACACUCUCUAAAAAAACAACUCACGGAUGCUACAAACGAAGUUGAGAAAAGCACAACUCUUUUAAACGAACUUGUAAAGCAAGCAAAUGGGGAUGAAUUUGAUUCUGGCAGUCGCAAAGCUGAACGUAUUGUUGUGCUUAGAAAACAACUUCAAGAAAAAGAAAACCUCAACACAGAACUGGAAAAAAGGUUGGAGCUUGCUGAAGAAGCUGCUCAGUCUCAAGCCAACGAGGUAACUAUUUUAGAAAAACAACUAAAACGUUAUGAAGAAGGAGAGUAUGGUUUGUCAGAAGCUAUUACUGAAUUGAAAGCCACCAGAUUACAAUUAAACUCAAAAGAAAGACAAUUGGAGGAAGUUUGUCGUCUAGCUAGUCAAGCUGAAUCAUCUCUUAACGAAAUAAAUUUAGAAAAUGAACAUUUAAGAAGUAAGCUGGGAAUUCCAUUGAUGGAAAAAAUUGAUCUGAAUGGCUACCGUCGUCAAAAACGAGCAGAAGCAGAAGAAGAUCGUGCAGUAAAUAUAAUACUACAAAAAGAAAUCGAAAAGCUAGAAGACGAAAGGUUGGAUCUGAAACGUAAACUACGUACGCUUGCACGUCAAUUAGGCCAACAAUAUGGUUCAACAGAUUUGCACGUGGAUGGAGUACUCUUAGGUAAUUUGAACCAAGUCAGUGAGGAAGGUGUGUCAGCUCAGUCAGCUGGAAUGGUUUCUGUUUCUCGAUCCAGUCAGAAAACCAAAAGUUCACUAACACAAGACGAAAUAACCGACCUUCCAGAAGUGUGGAAAGCAAGGUUCAAAGUACUUGAUGAGGAAUUAGUUCAAGCCCUUCAUCAAAUAGAAGAAGAACACAAAAAGCAUGACAAACUAGAAACACAUUUGAAGCAAAUUACUGAGGCAAAUGUUCUGCUAGAAAAUGGUCUGAAAGAAGUUCAAAACCAGAUACACUCUUUUCACAUUGAGCCAAAGAAUCAACUUGAUCUAAGUGAAGAAAAGAAACAAUCAAAAUCUAACAAUAUGACCAAAACAGUAGAAAGAAAAGUGGCCAAUAAUGAUUUAAAGAUAAAAAAUGAAAUUAUUCAAUUAGACUGUCCAUCUUUAGAUAAAUUACUAGCCGCAUUAGAUGCAAGAAACAUGAUUGAAGAUAUUGACUCUGGACAAUUUCUAAAGUCUAGAGUAGAUCAACUUGAAGGAGCAAAUCAGGAGCUCCGAUCAAAUCUUCGUGAUAUACGCAUGAGCAGUGCUUUAUAUGAGGUAAAACUGAACGAAGCACAUAAUCGAAUUAAACAGUUGGAGUCGCAGCUUGAAUCAGUUUAUCUCUUAGAUAAUAAUAUCCCAAGCCAAACAUUUCUUGAGAGUCAGUCAAAUCUUCCAAAAGAUAUUGAUCCUGACACAGCUAAAGUUAUUUUAUCACUAGAAGAACACUUACUGACAACAAUGAAAGAUAUAAGUGAUAAAAAUACACAACUUGCUUACAUUGACAAUCAAAUGGAAGCUGCAAGGAGAAAAUAUUCUGUUUGUAAACACCGUCAAGGUUUAUUGUAUCGGGACUUUUGUAAUGAACGACAAACUUGGAAGAAAGAAAAAGAAAAGCUUGAACAACGUUUGGAAUGUUCAGAAAUGAGAGUUAACGAACUGGAAGUUCAUAAGAGUGAGCUACAUCACUUGCAAGAUAUUUUGUCGAGUUUAGAUGAAAAUGAACAGAGCGAAAAUUCUUCUAUAAAACAAAAGAUCGCUGAUCAGUCACGACAGAUAUUAUUACUUCGUGUGAAUGAAGUCGGCUUAAGACGGCGAUAUUUGGCAACACAAGAACGUGAAGUCGCUUUAUCGAAGGAGAAUACUAAUUUAAAAAGUGAUAUAUUUCAACUAGAAUCAGCCGUAAGCGCUCGUUUAAAUUAUUAUGCACGCUGUAAAGAAACUGCAGCAUUUCAAAUACAAAAAUUACAGAAAACAUUAGAUCGAUGUGUUCCAGAGGAUGAACUGAAUGAUUUAAGAAAUGAAUAUGAAACAUUAGCAAUUAAAUACAAGGAAUUAUUAGAAAGUGGUUCCAAUAGUGUGAAUUAUCAAUUAGCCUUAAAGUCUGCUCAAACAAAUCUGGAUACCUUGAAAAAACAACAUGAUGAAUUGAAGGAGCAGCUGACCAUAGAAAAAGAAAGGAGAUAUCUGCUGGAAAAUUCCAUUGAUCAGUUGCAGUCAAACGUGGCAACGAAAUCUGAUCAAGUUGGGAAUGAUGUAGCUGACACAAAUAUUGCUAAACGGUUAGCUUUAAUAGAAAUGAAAGAGCUAAAUGAACGUGAACGUGCAAAUCAUACACAAAUUAUUUUAAAUACAGUACAAGACGCAAAUCAUCAAUUAGAGUUAAGAAAUAGAGAACUUGAAAACAAAUUUACCGAAAUUACUAAGUCAUUAAUUGAAUUGCAACAAACUGAAAAAAAUUUGCGACAAGAACUUACAAAAGCCGUCCCAAUAUCAAUGCAUCAAGAAAUUGAAACAAAAAACACAGAACUACAACAGACUAAUUUGAAACUUCGUCAUGAAGUUGAACAACUUAAAGAAGUAGCUUUAAUUUCAAUGAAUCAGCAUCAAAAUUUGGAAGAUCAACUAAACAGUCAGUCGACUGAAAUACAAAAUUUACGUGAACAAAUGACUGAACUGGAAUCUAAAGACGAUUCUAAAUCUAAUCUGGCUCGACUCCAUCGUCUUGUGACACGUAUUCAGAUCUCUGAGUCGACUACUCUACGUCGUUUAGCAUCAACUCAAGUGAAAGUAAAUCGUUUGGAAAAUGAUUUGCUAAAGACUGAGAAAAGACUAACGCAAAAGGAAAAUGAAUUGGCAAAUAUGUUCAACAUAUCACGUCAACGUGAAAGACGAUUACGUGAAACAAUUACGACACUUCGUCAAAGAUAUGCAGGUUGCAUUCCACUCAAACAACAAGAAAAAUUAUCCCUUCGUUUAACUGAGGCACUUCGUCAAUGUAUAUCUAAGCAGUUGGCUCUUGAUGAAGCUUUAAAUGAUAAAAUCAAAACUGAAUCUAUUAUUGAAGGUUACGAAGAAAGAAGAAAGUUGACAUCUGAUAUUCAGGAUAUCUUAAAAGAGUAUAAUGAAGAACAUAAAAAUCAUGACAUUAAUAAAAACUUGGAAAAAAAAUUAUUAGAUUGGCAAGAACGAUUAAGUGAUUUACGAGUCUCAGAAUCAACACAACGUCGUCAGGUUGAACGGUUAAAGGAACAAGUACGUCACUUGGAAUCAUUUGUACAAAAUCAAGAAAAACAGCUAGAUGAGUUACAAUUAGAAAAUUCACGUCUAGUUAAAGAAUUAGAUCAACGUGAAACCCAAUGGGAACAACGUGAAGCUGAAUUAGAAAGUGUUAUUGAGAAAAACACUAUAUCUGAAUAUAUUACCACAGAAAAUAUGGAUGAACUAAAAUCCAUACCUAAUUUACUUACGGAUGAAGAUAUUGAGACUGUUUGUAACCAAGUCGAUAGCAAAGAUAGCCUCAAUGAAGUUUCCAAAUCUGUACCACUAAAUAGUGAACAACCGUUGUCUACGUGUGUAGAAGAAUCAGUUCUAAACUGUAACCAUCAAACAAUGAAUAAACUGAAAAAUGAAAACAUCGCACUUAGAAAACGGUUAACCGAACUGUUACAACUUUUACGUCUGCAAGAUAUCAAAUUACAAAAUGUUAUUAAUAAUUCUUCUACUACACAAAAUUCAGAUAUUCAAUCUACAUUAGCUGGUUUACGAGCUAAUAUGGAAUUGUUGCAACGUCGAUUGAAUGGAAAAGAUGAAAGUCUUGCAAGAGUUAAUGAGCUACUUAGGCAAGCUUAUGAGGCUAACGAAAAAUCGAAUGACAGACAUAAUCAAGAAAUUGCUAUUUUGCAAAAUAAACUACAAAACAAAAUGGAGGAACAGUUAUUACAAUUAGCUCAAAAUGUUGAGUCUGUUGGCAGAAAUGAAAUAUCGAAUAUACACUUGAUUGAAUUGAAGAAACGUUUAUAUGAAUUAGAGGAUUCAUUAAACGAACAAAAUCAAGCUGUAUCUCGUCAGGCUGAACAAACAAAAAUCAUGCAACAAGAAUGUGAUUUGUGGCAAUUGAAAUAUCACCAACUUGAAACAAAAACUGAAGCUAUGAAAGCGAAUAUGGAGAAUUUGCAUAGGGAAGAAAUAAUGAAGCUAACAUCACAAGUGGAACAGUUGCAAAAGGAACUAGAUAAAAGUAAUGUAAAAUUAAAUGAAUACAGUAAUGAAGUUAAACGCUGGAAAGCUGAAGCAAAUAAAUCACCAUCAGUGAUGCAACGUCAACUAACUGAACGAUUACGAACAGAUCUACUAGAAAAAGAUAAACAAAUCCGAAUGUUGAAUACAACACAACAAAAAAUUGAUGAACUUAUAAGAAAAAACCGAAUACUUGAAGAAGAAAAUAACAGACUUCGAAUGAUACCAGAAAAACCAUAUCAAGAAAUAAUUAAAAAUAACAAGGACUCACAAAUGUCAUUUGCUAUGCGUUCAAGCUUAACAAAUGAAUGGGAAGCACGUAAACGUUUGGAAGCUGAGACAAAUAAAUUAAAAGAACAAUUAAGCAAAAAAUGUUCGGAAUUGACUUCCAUUCAAAAACAAUUCGGUCUAACAAAGAAUGCCCUUGAUCGAACGAACAAACAAAAUGAAUAUUUAAGAGAGAAAGUCAAUGAAUUAUGGGGUCCAGGCGCUAUACCUGAUGAAUCAAAUGAUCUUAAAAUGGAACAAAAUAAAAAGGAAAUUGGUGGUCGGCCGUCAAUUGCAUGUAUUUCUGAACGUGUCGACCUACAUCAACAAGUAGAACAAUUACAAUCUGAGGUUGAAAGAUUUCAAAGAGCACAAAGAAUGUCAGCAGGCUUGCCGCCUGGGACAAAGUCAAUGAAUACAGACACCAUGUUGAUAAAAAGUGCAGAAAUGCGUAACAAAAUCUUAUCUGAACGCAUAGACGAUCUGGAGAAGCAGUUAUUAGACAAAGGUUUUGUUAGUCCAUCAAAACUUCAGUUGGAGCAAGCAAUUCAACGUGAUCUAUUACGGCUUAAUAAUGAAAAUAUGGAACUAAAAUUUGAAUUAGAAACAUUAAGAUCAGAUACAACACGUUAUAAAACUCGAGUUCAUGAUUUACAAGUUUAUGUUGAUGUAUUAAAACAAGAAAAAGAAGCAUUGCGUUCUGGACAAAAUUUAGAUAAGUCAUAUAAUUCCGAUAGUAGUACAAUGAGUACUAUAAAAAGAAUUGGUGAAAGUGGAAAGUCCCCAAAAGAAUUAGAAAAAAUUAUAGUUUGUUUAAAAAAGGUAUUACAACGUAGUCAAGCUGAGAAUGAACGUUUGAAGUGUGCACCUGGGCCAGUAUCACAUAAUGAAUUGAAUCAAUAUAAAACAGAGAUAAAACGCUUAAAAAUUGAACUUGAAACAGCACAAUUAACCGCAGGAUCAAAACUAUUCAAUCGUCGAUUAGCGAAUGAACAAGGAACAGCGAAAUUAAUGCAUCAAUAUGACAGUUUAAGAAAGAAUUAUGAAGAAGUUAUAUUGAAAAAUCAAGAGAUGACAGAUCAAGCAGAACGUUUACGUCAAGAAUUGGACAAAUUAAAGAAAUCACCUGAAUAAUCAGACUACAAUAAACAACUCGGUUAAACUAAGUCAUGGCAAUCACUUGAAGCAUCGUAAAGAACUUGAAAUGAAUCACUGUUGUUUGUGUGCACACGGGCAUUAUUGUUAUGAGCUCUUAUGCUAAAUAAUAUAAACUUUUUUGUUCUCGUUAAAGAAAUAUAAAAAAUUAAGUUUCCGAAGUUAAUCUAACAGUAACUUAGCAAGUAAAUGUAUAUUCCGUUAUCA